GUUUCAUUUGACAUAAGAUGCCGGCGACGUUUGAAGAGCCCGAUGAGGACGCGGACGACCCGCAGAUGUUCGAGCACAAGCUCAUCGAGCCGAUCCUUCCGUGCCGCGACCCGGUCGGCGAGAAGGGCGUCUUGAGCCUGCACGCGCACCCGGCCGUCCGGGUGGCGAUGGCCGAGUGUUUGCAGCUCGGUGGUGAAAACGACGUGCGCAUUCUCCACGACGUGGACGUCGACGAGCCCGUGCUGGAGCUGGUCGGGCCCGAGACGCGGCUCGUGCUGCACACGAGCAACGUCAUGCGGUACCUCGUGCUCUUUGUGAAGAACCUGGACGCGUUCUUCACGUUCGAGCUCGAGCUCCUCGACACCAAGCGCGAGUACCGGACGCUCACGAUCACGAACGCGCGGAGCCUCGCGCGCGUAAACGCAAGCCACUGCCAAAUGCCCUUGGCGCUCGGGAAAGGCUGGCAGUACCUCUGCAUGGACUUGCAGAGCAUUGUGCUCGAGGCCUUUGGGACGCAGCACGUGUCGACGGUGCAGCUGCGGAUCCUCGCCACGUGCCGGCUCUUGCGCGUCUUCUUCCAGGACGUGCGCUACAGCGACGCAGAGCUCCCGCCCGACCUCUCGCUCCUCGAAGGCAACUGAGAUAGAGCAUGGUCUUGUUACGUACUUACAUGACUUAUUCGGGCUGCGAGAGAAAGUCGUCCAAGACGUUAUUGACUGUG